CCACACCGUCUCACUUUACAUGAAAAGGAAGAAGAAGAAGAAGAAAAACUCAAGAGGGCAGAACCCAGUACAGGUUACACGAGUUAACUCAGUAUUGCGGGAAAGUGAAGAAUGGAGAAUCGCUGCAAAUUCUGGCUUCCAAAGAAGAACAGAUUUUGUGCAAACGCCCCACUCAGCAACUCUUCGUUUUGUGGCAACCAUAGCCAGAGGUCAGAUGACGUGUGGAUCCCAUGCCCUAUAGACCCUUCUCACUCUGUGCUGCAAGCAAAUCUCGAGGGCCAUCUUAGCAAAUGCCCAUUACUGAAACAAACCCAAUCCUUAUUUCUCCAACCCUAUUAUCAAAAGGGAAUCAAUGCUGGGAAGGAAGAGGUGCAUGAGGACGAAACUAUUAAACCCACAAGAGUUAAAGAUGUUUUGUCCUCGAAUGAGGCUAAUUCGUGUUCUUUGGAUAGUGUUACCUCUGAAAUGAAGAGGAAUGCUGUGUACAAUUUGACUCUUCCUCAAUUUUAUGAGUUGAUUAGAAAGAUUCAAUCAGUUCAUAGUACAAUCUGCAAGGAUAUCAGGGAGUCGUGCAAGAUUCCAGAAGCUUGUGAUAUAUGGAUUAAGAGAGACGUAGACAGGAAGUUGCCAUUUCAAGAGAAACACGUGGUACAACAAGCCUCCAUUCUUGGGAACUUGGAAGCGUUUGGGGUGUUAAAGGAAUCUGUUAACUGGAAGCGAUGUGAAUCUGAGGGGCCGUAUGAUGUUCCUUGUGUGGUGGAGUUUGGAGCUGGAAGAGGAUACUUGACACAAAUGCUGGCGGAUUGCUAUGGAAUCAAAAAGGUGUUUCUUGUUGAGAGGAAGUCAUACAAGCUCAAGGCUGAUCGGUCUUUGCGACAGAAAGAGCAAUUCAUAUUAGAGCGAUUGAGAAUUGACAUUGAAGAUUUAAACUUAAAUGCUGUUGAGUCUUUACGUGGAUGUCCGUGCAUAGCUGUCGGUAAACAUCUCUGCGGUCCUGCAACAGAUUUGAGUCUAAGAUGCUGCCUGGCUGAAUACUCCGGUGAAGGUAGUGUCGAGCAGUGUGGUGGAAAUCCUUCUUUAAGAGGCCUUGCUAUAGCAACAUGCUGUCAUCAUCUUUGCCAGUGGAAGCACUACAUAAACAAAUCCUACUUGUCCAAAUUCGGAAUUUCGAAAGAGGAAUUCCAUGCAAUCACAUGGUUUACUAGUUGGGCAGUUGAUGGUGAUCACGGUUCUGGUGUUUCCAAUGUCAUUGAUUGCGGAAUGCAUAUUCACAUUGAGAAGGAGCAUUCAGGCAGUGUUGCAGAUACUGUGAGGAAAAUGGAGCAGUGUGAAAGGGCAGUUCUAGGGUUGAUGUGCAAGCAGAUUAUAGACAUGGGGAGAUUGAUGUGGGUUAAGGAAUGUGGGCUAGAAACAGACCUUGUAAAGUACGUACCGCCAACCAUCUCUCCAGAAAAUCAUUUGCUGAUUGGUAGACAGGUCAGCCAGUUGUAAAACAGUCUCUCUCUGAGUUUUGAGGUUCUAAGAUUAGAGAGGACAAAAAAUUUGUUAUUUGGUGAGCCUGAAUUCACCCCA